AUGUGGAGAGUCCGGAAAAAGGGCUACUUUGGGAUUUGGUCAUUCCCCUUAAUAAUCGCCGCUGUCUGUGCUCAGAGUGUCAAUGACCCUAGUAAUAUGUCGCUGGUUAAAGAGACGGUGGAUAGACUCCUGAAAGGCUAUGACAUUCGUUUGAGACCAGAUUUUGGAGGUCCCCCAGUGGCUGUGGGAAUGAACAUUGACAUCGCCAGCAUUGAUAUGGUUUCUGAAGUCAAUAUGGAUUAUACCUUGACAAUGUACUUUCAGCAAGCCUGGAGAGAUAAGAGGCUGUCCUAUAAUGUAAUACCUCUAAACUUGACUCUGGACAAUAGAGUGGCAGACCAGCUCUGGGUGCCAGAUACCUACUUCCUGAACGAUAAGAAGUCAUUUGUGCAUGGAGUGACCGUCAAGAACCGCAUGAUCCGCCUGCAUCCAGAUGGGACGGUCCUUUAUGGCCUCAGAAUCACAACCACAGCUGCCUGCAUGAUGGACCUAAGGCGGUACCCACUGGAUGAACAAAACUGCACCUUGGAAAUUGAAAGCUAUGGAUAUACAACUGAUGACAUUGAGUUUUACUGGCGUGGGGAUGAUAACGCAGUAACAGGAGUAACAAAGAUUGAACUUCCACAGUUCUCUAUUGUAGAUUACAAACUUAUCACCAAGAAGGUUGUUUUUUCCACAGGUUCCUAUCCCAGGUUGUCCCUCAGCUUUAAGCUUAAGAGAAACAUUGGUUACUUUAUCCUGCAAACAUACAUGCCUUCCAUUCUGAUCACUAUCCUCUCCUGGGUCUCCUUCUGGAUUAACUAUGAUGCUUCAGCUGCAAGAGUGGCAUUAGGAAUUACAACUGUGCUUACAAUGACCACAAUCAAUACCCACCUCCGGGAGACUCUCCCUAAAAUCCCCUAUGUGAAGGCCAUUGACAUGUACCUGAUGGGGUGCUUUGUCUUUGUUUUCAUGGCCCUUCUGGAAUAUGCUUUGGUCAACUACAUCUUCUUUGGGAGGGGACCCCAACGCCAAAAGAAAGCAGCUGAGAAGGCUGCUAGUGCCAACAACGAGAAGAUGCGCCUGGAUGUCAACAAGAUUUUUUAUAAAGAUAUUAAACAAAAUGGGACCCAAUAUCGAUCCUUGUGGGACCCAACUGGAAACCUCUCCCCAACUAGACGGACUACCAAUUACGAUUUCUCUCUGUAUACGAUGGACCCCCAUGAGAACAUCUUACUGAGCACUCUUGAAAUAAAAAACGAAAUGGCCACAUCUGAGGCUGUGAUGGGACUUGGAGACCCCAGGAGCACAAUGCUGGCCUAUGAUGCCUCCAGCAUCCAGUAUCGGAAAGCUGGGUUGCCCAGGCAUAGUUUUGGCCGAAAUGCCCUGGAACGACACGUGGCACAAAAGAAAAGUCGCCUGAGGAGACGCGCCUCCCAGCUGAAAAUCACCAUCCCCGACUUGACUGAUGUGAAUGCCAUAGAUCGGUGGUCCCGCAUUUUCUUCCCAGUGGUUUUUUCCUUCUUCAACAUCGUCUAUUGGCUUUAUUAUGUGAACUAA